CACACAAGUUCAUCUUUUUCUUUCUUCUCUCCAUUAAACUCAAUCUAUCUUCAUUAUGGUGAGUUUUGUCGUGGAGAAAUCACAAAGAAUGUCAGCUAGUCAAAACCUCGUAUCAGAGGCCACAAGGUCUAUUAUCUCAUUACCCAAGAAAAAGCUUCUCAAGAACCUCGAAAUCAUCAAUGAUGGCGAGAGAAUCAACGCUUGGGUCGAUUCAAUGCGAGCUUCUUCUCCUACUCAUCUCAAAUCACUCCCUUCCUCCAUCUUCUCACAGCAACAACUCAGCUCAUGGAUCAUGCAGCAUCCUUCAGCACUAGAAAUGUUUGAGAAAAUAACAGAAGCUUCAGGUGGGAAACAAAUCGUCAUGUUUCUUGAUUAUGACGGUACUCUCUCUCCCAUCGUUGAUGAUCCAGACAGAGCUUUCAUGUCAAGCAAGAUGAGAAGAACAAUAAAAAAACUGGCGAAGUGUUUCCCAACUGCUAUAGUUACUGGUAGAUGCAUUGACAAGGUGUAUAACUUUGUGAAGCUAGCUGAGCUGUAUUAUGCUGGAAGCCAUGGCAUGGACAUUAAAGGGCCAGCAAAAGGCUUCUCCAGACACAAGAGGGUUAAACAGUCUCUUCUGUACCAACCAGCCGGUGACUAUCUUCCCAUAAUCGAUGAAGUCUAUAGACAACUCUUGGAGAAAACCAAAUCAACUCCUGGAGUCAAAGUAGAAAACCACAAGUUUUGUACUUCUGUGCACUUCCGUUGCGUCGAUGAGAAGAAAUGGAGCGAACUGGUUCUACAGGUUCGGUCGGUAUUAAAGGAAUACCCUACGCUUAAACUGACCCAAGGUCGAAAGGUUUUUGAAAUACGUCCUAUGAUUGAAUGGGACAAAGGAAAAGCUCUUGAGUUCUUGUUAGAGUCACUUGGGUUUGGAAACUCUAAUAACGUUUUCCCGGUUUACAUCGGUGAUGACCGGACCGACGAAGAUGCAUUUAAGAUGCUACGAGACAGAGGUGAAGGCUGUGGCAUUCUUGUCUCCAAAUUCCCCAAGGAUACGGAUGCUUCGUAUUGUUUGCAAGAUCCGUCCCAGUAGGUCAUGAGUUUCUUGCGACGAUUGGUGGAAUGGAAACAAAUGCAGCUUCUGACGUGAACCAAAGUGUCAGUAUACAAUUAGCUAAGAGUGUGAAGGGGUUUAUAUAUAAUAAAUGAGCUUCUGACGAUCGAUCUUCGAAUAGUUAAUGCAACCAAUAUGUAAAUGGCUAACCUUUUUGAUCAUCACAAACCUUUCUUUGAACGUUGUAUAAGGAUAGCACAAUGUCUCAAUAUGCCCCCCUUAAGUUAAUUUCUUGUUCAUCACAUUUUUUUUUUUCUAAUGAAAAGGAUGAACAAGAAAAAGGACACUUUGUUUCGAAUGGUUUUAAUAAGUUGUAAUUAUCUUCGUAAACGUAAUAUAUAUAUAUAUAUGUAUGUGUGUGCUUAAUAAAGAAAAAGAAAUUGUAUUAUGUGUGUUGAUGUAUGAGAUUUGUCCCACUUUUC